AUAAAGGCAACCCUUUCAUAACAAUUUUAAGAACAACACUCAAAACAAAACACUCCCAAAAUCCCCAAAUGCCUACCGCCGGAGCGUAUAUUCUUGUCUAUCCAUUCCUAACCUCAGGCCACAUCAUCCCUCUCCUUGAUCUCACCCACCGUUUAAUCACUCGCGGUUUAAACGUUACCGUCGUAAUCACCCCUAACAAUUCCUCUUUACUCGACCCUUUAAUCUCUUCCCACCCUUCCUCCUCACUCCAAACCUUGAUCCUCCCCACACCGUCAUGGUCAGCUACCUCAUCAAACAGACUUAUCAGUAUGAUGCGUGGAUUGCGUGAACUUCAUUAUCCUGCGCUCCGUACUUGGUUCAGAUCUCACCCUUCACCUCCUGUUGCUAUUCUGUCUGAUUUUUUCCUCGGUUGGAGCCAACAGUUAGCUUCCGAGGUUGGCGUGCCACGUGUCGUGUUCUCGCCAUCCGGCGCUCUUGCGCUAUCGGUUUCAUAUGCUCUGUGGACUGAUUUACCAAAGAGCGAAGAUCCUAAUAACCAAAAUUUUCAGCUAUCGUUUCCGAAAAUUCCGAAUUGUCCUACUUACCCUUGGUUUCAGAUCUCUCGUUUUUAUCGGGAGUGUAAAGAAGGAGACCCGGAUUGGGAACUGUACAGAAGCUGCUUUCUUGAAGACAAGGCGAGUUGGGGAGUCGUGCUCAACUCAGCAACUGAAGUGGAACGAGAUUACAUCGAUCACAUGAAAAAAGACGCCGGCCACGAUCGUGUUUGGGCGGUGGGACCUAUGUUGCCGCCGGAUGAUGAUUUGGAAGGGUCCACAUCACGUGGUGGGUCCGCUGCGGUGCCAAGUCACGAGGUCCUCGAGUGGCUAGACUCUCAUCAAGACAAUUCGGUGGUUUAUGUAUGUUUCGGUAGUCGUCAGGUCUUAAAUUCGAAACAAACGGAGGUCCUAGCAGCCGGUUUGGAGAAAAGCGGAGUUAAUUUCAUAUGGUGUGUGCGGGAACGCAAUGAGAGGAACGCGGGAUACGAAUACGGGGACCUUCCUGAUGGAUACGCAGAUCGUGUGGAUGGUAGGGGUUACUUCAUUAAAGGAUGGGCUCCACAGGUUGCCAUAUUAAGACACCGAGCAACCGGCGCGUUCUUGACGCAUUGUGGUUGGAACUCGACCUUGGAAGGAAUUUCAGCCGGUGUUGUGAUGCUGACGUGGCCGAUGAGCGCCGACCAGUUCACGAACGCACAGCUAUUGGUUAAUGAAUUGGGAGUGGGGAUCCGAGUUGGCGAAAAUGUUGAGAAUAUUCCCGAGUCAACAAAGUUGGCUCAGUUGUUUGCUGAGUCAGUGGAUGGGACAGGACCGCAAAGAAGCAAAGCAAAAGAACUGAAAGAGGCUGUCAUGAAGGCGGUAAGUAAAGGAGGAAGCUCAGAUAGAGAUUUGGAUGCGUUUGUUAAGAGUAUAAAUGAGCUUGAAAGUUGAAGCUGCUUGACUGGCUUAGUUGAAAUAAAAAUGACAGAAAGGGAAAAUUGAUUAUUAUUGUGGUGUUGCUUUGUCGUUUAGUGAUUGAAAGAAGGGGAAAAUUGUUGGACGCGAUUAAUUGGUUGAUUUAAAGUGGAAAUUUGUCUCCUAGUCCAUGGUUAUUGCGGAGGGUAGUAGAUAACUCCAUGGAUUUGUCUCCUGUAGCUUCAUUCUCCAAGGUUUCAAGGAGUUAGCACAAGAAGAUGGCUGCGAAAAUCAAUUGAUAUAAUAUCUGUUUGUAAUGUAUUUUCAUUGAAAUCAGAAAAUCACGAACUAUUUAAUGUAUAUGAGUUUUUUCCAUUUUUACA